UUGGCAAAUAAAACCGGCAAAGGAAGGAUCCUAGAAGUCAUCAUACUCCGAUUUUAUUCGUUGAGCUCUUAAUUUUUUAUUUUAUUUGGACCCAUUGGAUUAAGUUUGUCAUUUCAGUGGGCAAUUUUUUCAUUUGGUAAACUAGUAAGAAAUUUUUAAGGAUUUUAUAUUAUAUAAAGUGAGAAAGAUAGAAGCUUUUUUUUUUUUUUUAAUGUCCGUGAGAAAGAUAGCUGAAAAAGGAAAUACUUAUUUAAAAAAGAAAUCAGUUUUAUGUGACUCUGCGAAGUUGUGUGCUGCUAAUGCUGCUUUGUAAUUUUUUUUUUGGGCUUUUCGUUUUUGUUCUUACAAUCAUCACAGAAUUUCAGAUUAAAAAAACUGAUAACGAUUGAUUGAUGGGUUUGCCUCCCCAGUUCAUUUCUCAUCACAAUUUUCAGAAGAUAUUUUCUUCCAAAUUUUAUUUUCAAAAUCGAAAUGGGUCGUCGGUUCUCUUAUACACUACACCUCACUCUCUGUCAAUAUAUGUAUAAUCGCUCUUUUUAGAAAUACCCAUUUGUUUUCGUUGAACUUUCUCCCCCACCCUUUUCGAUUCUUGGCUUCCAUACCCGAAAUCAUCGAGAUUUACGAGUGGGUUUUCAAUGAAAGUUACUUAAAUUUCUGGGUUUUCUUUUUUCGCGAUUUUUUUGUUUGUUUCUGGUCCAAAAAUUUGAUUAUUCAUCCUAACGAGCGGAGAACCGCGAUUUACAUACUUUGCCACAUGGGAUUGGGACUGAUUCGAAAACCGAGGAAAGGCAAAGAUUACAAUUUUGAAAGAUUAGGAAGAUGGAAUCGCAAUUGGGUAUAGUUGAACAGUCGUUAAAUAGCUCUUACUCGCUAUGGGUUCGAGAAGCUUUGGACGAAAUCCCAGACAACUUCACGAUCACCGAUCCUUGUAUCUCCGGCCACCCGAUCGUUUUCGCGAGCCGUGGGUUUUUAAAAAUGACUGGUUACGCAAAGAGCGAGGUGAUUGGAAGGAAUGGUAGGAUAUUUCAGGGUCCGAAGACUUGUAGAAGAUCGGUUAUGGAGGUUCGUGAGGCUGUUCGGGAAGAGAGAGCUAUUCAGAUUAAUUUGUUGAACUAUCGCAAGGAUGGGAGACCCUUUUGGAUGCUGUUUCAUAUGUGUCCUGUUUUUAGCAAGGAAGAUGGGAGAGUCAUUAGCUUUAUCGCGGUUCAGGUUCCUCUUUCGAGACGAGCAAGGCGUUCGGGAGCUGGGUUCUGCAGAAGUGGAGUUAAUUUAUUAUCGGAGGAGGCUUCUAGGAUAAGCGACGUCGUUUAUGGUACAUGUAGAAGAGAAGUAUGGUCGGAUUCUUUGUUGGAAUUGAGUCGUGUUUGUGCACUUGAUUCUGUUUUGGGUUCUGAUGUUUCAGAAAGGGAAAUUGAAGAACCGUGCGAAGCAAGUGAUGUAGACAAGAAUGAAGCUGCUUCUGCCAUUAAUAGAGUAUUGUCUGUGCUAACCCACUAUAGCGAGUCAACCGGCAGACUGGUGUGUGGAAAGAGAUGCGGCUUAUCUGGGGUGGGCCUUCUAAGUUCGUCCUUAACUAUUUCUCUUGGUAGAAUCAAACAAAGCUUUGUAUUGACUGAUCCACACUUAUCUGACAUGCCAAUAGUUUACGCAAGUGAUGCCUUCUUAAAGUUGACAGGUUAUUCCCGGCAUGAAGUAUUAGGGCGCAACUGUAGGUUUCUGAAUGGGGAGGAUACAGAUUCCUUAACCGUGCAUAAGAUAGAGGAAAAUAUUCAAAUGGAACGAGCAUGCACAGUACGUAUCUUGAGUUACAGAAAGGAUAAGAGUUCAUUUUGGAAUUCUCUUCACAUAUCACCAGUUCGUAAUGCUUCUGGGAAGAUAGCAUACAUUGUGGGUGUUCAUAUGGAAGAAAGCAGUUAUAACCAAGGCCAACGUGGACUGAGCCCUGAGAUGAAGCAACUUAGCACAGUUGGUGCUGUUAAAAUUGCAGUGAGGAGUUCAUCAAUGGGAGCUGGCUCGUCCAAGUCUUAGCACAGCGUUUUUAAAAUCCUGAUUCCAUUUCUGGUGUUUUGAGUCCUAUGAUUUAUGAACUUUUAGUAGCUGAUCUUAUAUAAGUAGGAAAGCAGAGAUUAGAGGAAGUUUGGUUCGGUUACUCGACCAGAUCCUGGCUAAGUACAUAAAUAUGUAAAAGUUACAGUUAAAAAAAAAAAACAAGAACAAAGCAAUUAGCGUUGCAACUUUGAAGUCUGGACUUUAUAUAUUUGCUCAUCGGAUGACAAUCUGGAGAGGUCGUUUUUGAUCUGCAACGA